AUGAGGAACCGUGGAAUAUUAUGUCUCACUUCUAUCCUCUUACUACAAAUCUUCAUAUGGAGGUUGAAAUGCGAAAUUUCUGAUAUUUGUUUAACCAAUCCAUGUCAUUCAAAUGGAUACUGUAUUCCUAAUGAACACGGAGGAUUUCAUUGUAAAUGUUCACAAGGUUGGAUAGGACAUGAUUGUACAGUGGAUGUGGACGAAUGCAAAGUAGGCUUAGCAAAUCCCUGUGAACAUGAUGGAGUUUGCAUGAAUUCACCUGGCAGUUAUCAUUGUCUCUGUUCACCUGGAUAUUAUGGAUCAAGAUGUGAAAAUGAAGUUUUGGAAUGUUCAUUAAAUCCCUGUAAACAUGGAGGAACAUGUGUGGACUUAAUAAAUCGUUUCCAAUGUAUCUGCCCACUUGGUUAUGAAGGAGUAACAUGUGAAGAUGAAGUGAAUGAAUGUUCCUCUUCACCGUGUAAAAAUGGAGGUCAAUGUGAAGAUUUAAUAAAUAGUUAUACAUGUCAUUGUUUACCUGGAUGGACUGGCCCACACUGUGAAAAUCGUAUACGACCUUGUGCUAAUUCAGCAUGUCUAAACAAUUCUACCUGUUUAGAUUUAGGUACAUCGAAUCAAAGUGUUGCAUGGAAUGAGUCGAGUGAUCUCUUUAUAUGUCGUUGUAACGAAGGUUAUCAAGGCAAAUUGUGUGAAAUCAAAAUUGAUUAUUGUAAAGAUAUAAUCUGUCAAAACGGUGGACAAUGUGUUUCAGAGAAUGGAAAAGCUAAUUGUAAAUGUCUACAAAACUAUCAAGGAUUAUUCUGUGAAGAAUUAAUUACAAUUGAAGUUGAAACAAUAAAAUCAUUUGAUUGUUUCAAAACUCCAUGUUUGAACAAUGGUAGCUGCCUCAAACUUACCAAUAAUAACAACUUGAUUGGCCAUAUUAAUGAUAUUAAUACUAAUAGUAUGAUGUGUAGUUGUAAACCUGGAUUUUCUGGUGUAUACUGUGAAAAUGUAGUGGAUUAUUGUGAACGAUCACCUUGUCUUAAUCGAGGAACAUGUUUACUGCAGGAUAAUACUGACCAGUUGAAUAUAACACAAAGUAAUCAUGCUACUUGUAAAUGUCAACCCGGAUUUACAGGUAAACAGUGCGAAAUCAAUAUAUAUGAUUGCUUUAAUCAACCAUGUGGUUUUUAUGGUGCUUGUAAAGAUGAAAUCGAUGGUUAUCAUUGUCAAUGUUUAAGAGGUUGGAAAGGAUUACACUGUGAAAAAUCGAUUGAUUCAGUUAUAUAUUCAAGUUUCAAUAAAACUAUCCAUUCCUAUUCUUCAUUAAUACAUAAUAAUAGCAUAAUGAUUUUGAAUCAUAAUCAAACGGAAUUAUGUCCUGAAAAUUAUUGUGCUAAUUCAGCUACUUGUAUAUCGAUUACAGAUCCUUCUGUCGCGUUCAACAACACCUUCAAGUUGUUGAAAAAUACACUACAAUUGAAACAUAAUUUAGAUUCUGUUCAUGAGUUCAAAUGUCUUUGUGAAACUGCUAUCGGUCGUUUUAAUGGUAUUUAUUGUGAUGUUGAUGUAAAUGAAUGUCUUGAAUCUGAAAAUCAUCAGAUAUCAUUAUGUCAAAAUGAAGGAAUAUGCAUAAAUACAUAUGGAUCUUAUAUAUGUGAUUGUGCAACAGGAUAUUAUGGUGAACAUUGUGAAUAUUUGCUUAAUCCGUGUACUUUUGACAAUGGAUCUGUUUGUUUCAACGGUGGAACAUGUCUACCGAUAUUUGAUGAUGUUACUGGUAAUAAUGGUACAUUAUGCAUUUGUCCAACUGGAUUCUCAGGACCACAAUGUGAAGAACAAAUAAAUGAAUGCACAGAUGAACCAUGUAUGGCUGGUGGUGGGAUAUGCUUAGAUUUAAUUGGAAAAUAUCAUUGUUUAUGCCCAACUGGGAGAUUUGGAGACAAUUGUGAAUUUUCUACUGAACAACAAGUUUGUAAUGAUCAUUCGUGUAGUCAAAAGGAGGAUAGAAAAAGGGAUUGUGAAACGCAUAUUUGUCUUAAUGGUGGAAUAUGCUUUAAUCAUGAUAUCAACAUACAGAAUAUUGAUGACAAUAAUAAUAGAUGGAUUAUUGACCAACGUGACAGCUUACAUAAUUCCUAUAUACCUUCUUGUAUUUGCCCAUUUGGUUAUAUAGGUGAAUAUUGUGAAAUUCAAUUAGAUUUCUGUCAAAUAUUCUCUGAUAUCAGUAAAUAUUUCAAAUCAUAUUUUCAAUAUCCUAAUGAAAUAGAGGAUUAUUUUGUAAAACAUGUAAAUAUUUCAAGUUAUCUUGUUAAUGAUUGGUUAAUUUCAACACGUUUUAUAUCAGCAAUAAAAUCAUACACUUGGUAUGAAUUCAAUUCAUUAUAUUCUGCAUUCAUCAUAAAUCAUACAAUCUCUUCAAUAUUGAAUAAUGAUAUUGAUAGAAAAAGAAUUUUAUCAUCAGAGAAGAAUAUAAUAUUGAGAAAUUCUUCCUUGAAGAUAAACAAUAUAAUCGAUACUAAUAUGGAUAACAUUAAAAAUUCAAUAUUACAUAUGAAGAGUACGCCGAUAGGUUUAUGUGAUGCAUUAGGAAGUUCUCAGUGUAUUCCAUUGUCGUCUAAAAUUGGUUAUUCUCGUUUGAAUUUCAAUGCAGGGUUUAAAUGUAUCUGCCGUAUAGAUUAUGAAGGUAGAUAUUGUGAGAAAUAUGUUGAUUUCUGUGAUAAAGUGAACAAACAAUACAAUGGGAACUAUUGUUUAAAUGGAGGUCAGUGUGAAAAUCGAAUUAAAAGAAUCCUAUCAAAUGACAAUACAACAACAACAGCAACACAUAUACAAGGAUUUCCUUUUUGUUAUUGUCCAUCAGGUUUUGGUGGUGAACGAUGUGAGUUGUAUCAUAACUUGUGUAAUCAAUCACCAUGCCUUCAUGGAGGUAUUUGUCAUCCAAGAAAACAACAGAUACAACUAGAAUCCAACUUAACAAUUCAAAUAGAAUCUAUAAUCCCUUAUAUUCCACCAUACAUUUGUGAAUGCCCUAAAGGCUGGUCUGGAAUCCAUUGUGAGGUUAGCUCUGGAUUACAGUGUUAUACCUCGGAAUCAUGUUUUCAGAAUAGCGUUUGUAAUAAAUCAAAUGGAAUUGAUUGUCCAUGCAAACAACCAGGUUAUUGUGGGAUAAAUUGUGAUAUAUUUGGUACCGCAUGUUUUCUGUUGACGAACAAAAGUGGCAGUGUUGUCGACAUUUUCACUACCACUACUACUAUCACUACUACUACUGCUACCAUCACCAACACUACUACUACCACUACUGGUACCACUCCUAAUGCUGCUACCACUACUUCAAGUACCACUACACCAAUAACUACUGUUGGCGACAUUAAUACUACUAAUCUUAAUGUUGAUAUUUAUGGAGCAGCAGGUAGGCCUAAUUUAUGGCCGGGUGAAGAAGCUGAAUUAUCUUACUGUUUACGUCAGAACUGUCAAAGUAAAAGUCAUAAUGGCAAGUGUGAUACAGAAUGUAAUUUAAUCGCUUGUGAUUUUGAUCAUGGUGAUUGUUUAUAUGCACUUUCAGUGCCUUUGGAUCCUUUACCGUAUAUUGAACAACUUGAAAAUAAUACAAGUCAUUAUACAAGUUUUUCACAUGAUAUCCAAUUUAAACAACGUCCAGAACCAGCUAUACCAUGGCGUAGUUGUUCAGUGGUGAUUGAUUCAACAGACCAUACGCCAUGUCAUUUAUUAUUUGCAGAUGGAAAUUGUGAUCUACAGUGUUUCAAAGAGGAGUGUUUAUUUGAUGGUUGGGACUGUAUCCAAGACCAAAGUGAUGCCAAUAAAGCUGAUAAAAUUUGUUCUAAUUCAUGCCAAAAUUAUACUAAUGAUAGUAUAUGCUUAGAUGAUUGUAAUAAAGAAGAAAUAAUAUGUAAUUCUAAUGAUAAAAAUAAUUGUUCAUUAAAUGAUCUCGUCAAAACAAUAACAACUUCAAUCAAUAAUAUUAUUAGUGAUCAUAGUGAAUCUAUUAUUGAUAAAGAAUUUAAAGGUGAUAAUGUACCAGGAAGUUUAGUUCUACUUAUCAAUUGUACACCGGAUGAGAUUUUAAUCAAUCAUUCUAAAGGAUUUUCAAACUCAUUAUUAUCUUUAUUGAAUGAAAUAUUACAUUUAGAAGUUACUAUUAAACAUCAUCCAGAGACUAAUAAAUUAAUGAUUUAUCCAGUGAUAUAUAUUUCUAAUUAUACAGAGGAAACUGUUCUUCUCAAUAAUAAUAAUAAUAAUAAUAAUAAUUAUAAUGAUAUCAAUAGUAUAUUAAAGCAUAGAAAGGUGUUAUUUCAUACAAUUCAAUUGAAAACUAAUAAUUUAUUGUUAUUAGAAGAAGAAGAAGAGACAAGUGAUACUAUUCGUUCACGUUAUUCACGUCAUAUUAAUGAAAAACUAUCUCAUCAAACAAUAUUAACAUCUAUUCAUGAUAAGAAUAUAAAGAAUCAAAGAGAAAGUAUUGGAAGUCAAGUGUAUUUUCAACUGAAUUCUCAGAAAUGUGAUAAAAUGAGUGGUGCAUGUUUUCAUAAUGUGGAUUAUGCUGCACAAUUUCUUACCGCUUAUAUGCACAAUCGAAAUCAUGACUUGCUUCAAACUAUUCUUACUGUACAAUCAAUUAAUCCUGAUAUAAUAACUCCAUCAAUUGAAGAGAAGAAACGAAGUCGUUAUAAAAUUGUAGACAUAUCAAUUUAUGUAUUGUCUUUAAUAUCAUGCAUAUUAUUUCUAAUAUUUCUAUUCGGUGUACUGUUCACUGUCAAUCAUUUUCACCGUCAACGAUCAAAUUAUCAUUUACGGUCAACAGCUACAUCAUUUAGUAAAGGACACUUAGUAGGACAGAAAACAAUUAAGAAGGUUCUCAAAGCUAAAAUAUGGUAUCCAAGUCUUGGUUCAACGCGUAAUUCACGUGCAAUUCACAAUUCACCAAGUAACUAUAAAACUUCAAAAUUGAAUGAUGAUAAGUAUACAUCAUCAAAGUUAUCAGGUUUGGAGUCAUAUUUGACAAUAUUUGGAGGUCAGAUAAAUAAUGGUGUACAAAUUAAAGAUGAAUCUGUUAGUGAAUUAGAGAAAUGUUUAGAUGUACUCCAAGGAAGAACAUUUGAUAAUACAUCAUCUUAUUUAUUAAAACUUGAUAAUAAAAAUUCAUCAUCAUCAUCAUCGUCACCAAGACAUCAUACCACAAAUAAUUCACACACAGACUAUAACAAUGAUACAAAUAUUUAUAAAUCAGUUGAUAACCAUCAUUCUUCUACAUUAAUCAAAUAUUCUACACCAACAUCAAUAGUACCUACAAUAUGUAGUUCAAAAAAUCACUUCUACACAAAUCUAUCCUCAUCCACUUGCUUAUCAUCCUCAUCCUCAUCCGUAGUACAACAACACCAACACCAUCAUCACCACCACCACCAACAACAACAAUAUUCAUAUGCACCAAUGGUAACAUUUACAGAAAAUGAUAAUAAUAGUAGUACAAGUAGUACAGUGACAACUACUGUAACUAUGAAUGGUAUGAAUAAUUUCGAUGAUUUCGAUUGUCAACAAAAUGAAAAUCUUCUUACUAAUCGUAAUUAUCAAACUAUACAAGAAUUAUAUCAAUUUUUAAAAUCAAUUCCAGAGAAUGAAUUAAAUACUUUUCAAAGAAUACUUCAAAAAGUUAUACUUGAUCAUUUCGAUUGUGAAGAAUUAAUGGAUAUGAUCAAUGAUGAACAAUGCCAAUCAUAUUAUAUGCAUAAGCAACAAUUAAAACAAACUGUAUGUACUACAUUUAGUCGAUUUCAAAAUAAUUAUGAAAAUGUAGAUUUUAAUUUGAUUUGUCAACUUCUUACUGAGAUAAAUGAAUCAAGUAGUACUGUUACUUCAAAGAUAUUAUUACAGAAUUCAAUGAAUCCAAUGAUUGCUUGGCAGUUAAUUUACAAGUCAAAACAUUUACAUCGAUUAUUAAAGCUUAGGAUUCCAGAUACUGGUGAAACACUACUUCAUAUAUCUGCAAGAUUCAAUCAAAGCAAAGUUGUAUCUAACCUCUUGAAUGCUGGUGCAGACUUUUCUACUGUUGAUAAUCAGGGUCGAACAGCACUUUAUACAGCUAUUAGUGCUGGUGCUAAUGAUUCCGUUCAAGUAAUUCUAAAUCAUUCAACAUCUGGUCUUAGCCCACUUUGUUAUGUACCAAAUAUGCUACAAGAUUCAACAACCCCACUUAUACAAGCAAUUAAAUUAGGCGAUAUCGAUAUCUUCAAUAUGGUAUUACAUGCAAUGAAUGUAUUAGUUUGUGCACUAACAAAAUCAAAUCUUUCUAAUACUACUACUACUACUACUACUACUAAUAAUAAUAAUAAUAAUAAUAAUAAUCAAGAAUGUAGUGGAUUCGAUAUUACAGGAGUAUCAGGUGAUUUCGUGCCUAUCCAAUCAUCAUCAACAUCAUCCUUAUCACCAGUUACAAUAACAGCUACAGGUAUAGAAUAUAAUUAUGAAGAGAAUACUUUAAAUUUUCUUGAUAUUAAUACUUCAGAUAGUUUUGGACGUACAGCAUUACACUGGGCUGCUGUAACUGAUCAAUCAGAAAUUAUUAAUAAUUUAUGUAAUUCUGGUGCAACAUAUGAUGCACAAACUUUACAUGAAGAGACACCAUUAGCAUUAGCUUGUAGAGAGGGUGCUAUAACAAGUUGUCGUUUAUUAUUAUUAACUGGAGCUAAUCCUAAUCUAGCUGAUUAUUUAGAUCGUACACCUAGAGAUUUAGCCUAUUUAGGCGGUCAUUAUGAUAUUGUUAAUUUAUUAGAUGCAUAUACAAAUGUAAAUUCGAAUAUUGAACAUUGUACAAAUGGUAAUAUUGAUAGGAUAGCUAGAAAAUAUGAUUCUUUUCCAUCAGAUAUAUUGAUGACAGCGGUGACAGCAGCAGCAGCAGCAACAACAACAACAACAACAACAACAUCAGAGCAAUCAUAUUAUCCUUAUCUUUUACCGUCUCAAUUAUAUGACAAUAAUAAUUUUAGUAAUAAUUUAUCUGUCUGUGAUAUACACUCAACUAAUACACCAUAUAUUCAUAAAUCAUAUCAUGAAAAUAAAUUAUUCCCUAAUGAUGUUAUAUUAAAAAUGUUUACAAAGAAUAUGAAUGAGAAAAAAUCAAUUAAGAGUUUAUCAACUCAUCAAAAUGCUAUAAUAAAAGAUGGAAUAAUUAAAACAUAUGAAUUAACACCAUCUUCAUCAUUAUCAUCAUCAUCAUCAUUAUCAUCAUCUUCUCCAUCAUCUAUAAUGAUAUUUAAUGAAAAGUGUAAAACUUUAUCAAAAUCACCAUCUUUAACUAAUAACAGUGAAAUCACUUCAAUGACAACAACAAUACAUAACAAUGUUGCAUCAUCACAAUUGAAUAUAUUGAAUAAUAAUAAUAAUAAUAAUAAUGAUAAUAUGUCAUCAUUUAAUCAUGAUUAUUUUGUACAUAAUAUGCCUAACGAUUAUACACAAUACUGUUUUCAUCAAAAACAGACAUUAUACAAACGGGAUAAUUUCAAGCAUUACACUACUGCCAUUACUCCUACUAAUACUACUACUACUACUUAUACAACAAGUAAUACUCCAUUUAUUACUCACAAUAUCAGUAAUUCUGGUAAUCAUAUUAAAAGGAAUAAGGAAUUAUUGCCCAAAGUAGAUUAUACUUUUAUUACUACCACCACCACUACGAUUACUACUACUACUACUAAUAAUAAUUUGAAUGUACUACACCCUCAUAUAGGUUCAGAUGAUAGUGAAUCGCCAAAUCAUUGGUCAUCAAGUUCUUCAGAUUUAUCACCUAAUCGUAUUACAACAAUGAUGCAAAAAUUAGAUGAACCAAUCCAUGGAAUUAGUCAAUCUGAUACAUCAAAUAUAUCUCACAUGAUAUCUAGAUGGAAAUCAUGUACACGUAUGAAUAAUAAUAAUAAUAUUCAUAAUACUACUCCUACUAUCACUAUUACUACCACCCUUACUACUACUACUACUACCAAUAAUAAUAGUAGUAUUAACAAUAACCGGUCAACUUUUACACAAUUCACUCCAUACCAAAUCAGUGUUUACAACUAUCAAAGUGAAUGCAACUCAACAAGUGAACAGUAUAACAUUUAACACAGAAACUGACAAGACAAUAAAUAAAGAAAAAUCAGUUUUUUUUGUUUUUACCAUUUGUAAAUACAAUACAACAAACUUGUAAAAUAUUCAUAGUAGAUAGUUCAACUAGCUUUAAUGAUGGA